AUAAAAGCUGCUUAGCUCCAAUAAAAUUGUUGUCUUAUACUUACUAACUGACGUAGAAAAUACAUAUAUUGUCAGUUGUCAGUAGGAGUAGUAGAAGCCAAUAAAAGGGUCAUAAGCUCGAAGGUUUCAUACACAUUUGUGAAGAAGGAAAAUAGAGAGCAAAAGUGAGGUUGAAAAUGGAGGAAGAAAAGGGCAAUGGAUACACAGAAGAUGGAACAGUUGAUCUUAAAGGAAAUCCUGUUCUUAGAUCAAAGAGGGGUGGAUGGACUGCUUGUUUCUUCGUCGUCGUAUACGAAGUGUUUGAGCGUAUGGCCUACUAUGGUAUAUCCACAAAUAUGUUCAUAUACUUGACCAAGAAAUUGCAUCAAGACACAGUUCAGUCCGCCAAUAAUGUCACCAAUUGGGUCGGAACCAUUUGGAUGACUCCGGUUUUGGGUGCAUACAUUGCUGACGCGCUCUUGGGUCGUUACUGGACUUUCCUCAUUGCAUGUGGAAUUUACCUUUCGGGGAUGUCCCUCCUAACUCUAUCAGUAUCAAUCAAUCCACUAAAGCCCAGCCCAUGUUCGGAUCCAAGUGGGCUGAACUGCAAAAAGCCCACUACACUCCAACUGGGCGUUUUCUUUGGGGCCCUGUACACACUGGCGCUGGGCACCGGCGGCACGAAGCCCAACAUAUCGACGAUCGGUGCCGACCAGUUCGACGAGUUCGAGCCGAAGGAGAAGGCCCAGAAGCUGUCCUUCUUCAACUGGUGGAUGUUCAGCAUAUUUUUUGGGACACUGUUUGCUAACACGGUGCUGGUUUACAUCCAAGACAACGUGGGCUGGACUCUCGGUUAUGGGCUCCCCACUAUUGGGCUUGCCAUUUCGAUUCUCAUAUUUUUGGCGGGAACGCCCUUCUAUAGGCACAAAGUGCCCGCGGGCAGCCCUUUCACGAGGAUGGCUAGGGUCAUCGUGGCUGCCCUUAGAAACUGGAGCCUGCCCGUCCCGGCCGAUCCUAAGGAGCUGUUUGAGCUUGAUUUGGAGGUUUAUGCUAAGAAAGGAAAAUACAGGAUUGAUUCCACCCCCACUUUGAGAUUUCUUAACAAAGCAUGUGUGAAAAGCAACUCAACCAGCCCCUGGCUGCUAUGCCCCGUGACUCAAGUUGAAGAAACCAAACAAAUGCUAAGAAUGAUUCCAAUCUUGAUAGCCACAAUAGUGCCAAGCACAAUGAUAGCUCAAAUAGGCACCCUCUUCAUCAAGCAGGGCACAACCCUCGAGCGAAGCAUCGGCACCUUCGUCAUCCCUCCGGCCAGCCUAGCCGGAUUCGUGACCCUCUCGAUGCUCAUCUCCGUCGUCCUCUACGACCGUUUCUUCAUGAAGCUCAUCCGGAAAUGGACCAACAACCCUAGAGGCAUCACCCUCCUCCAGCGGAUGGGCAUCGGCAUGGUCUUCCACAUCGUCAUCAUGGUCGUCGCCUCCCUGACCGAGAGGCACAGGCUCCAGGUUGCCAAGGCGAACGGCCUGGUCGACAACGGGAACCAGGUCCCGUUGUCGAUCUUUGUGUUGCUACCGCAGUUCGUGCUGAUGGGAACUGCGGACGCGUUUUUGGAGGUUGCCAAGAUUGAGUUCUUCUAUGACCAGGCGCCCGAGAGCAUGAAGAGCCUCGGGACUUCAUACUCCACUACCAGUCUAGGAGCAGGAAACUUUCUCAGCAGUUUCCUGCUCUCAACUGUCACCAGGAUCACUGGAGGCAACCAAGGGUGGAUAAGGAAUAACCUCAACGCGUCACAUCUUGAUUACUACUAUGCGUUUUUCGCCAUCUUGAACCUCGUCAACUUUGGUUUCUUCCUCCUUGUCGUCAGGUAUUACGUAUACAGGGCAGAGGUCUCAGAUUCCAUGAGCGUGCUUACGCAAGAACUCGAGGGAUCAAGACAACAUGUUUCGGAUUAAUGUUGUUACACUAUGUGACUGAGACAAAUAAAAAAGUAAACAAAGAAACAAAAUUCUACCAACCUA